AUGAAAGGUGUCUGUUUCCUUCUCACUCUUGUUGUUUUGGCUUUGGCAACUUCCAUUGCCACUGCCUCUGACCCAAGCCCUCUCCAGGACUUUUGUGUGGCUGUUGAUGAACCCCACAAAGCUUUGUUUGUGAAUGGGAAGUAUUGUAAGGAUCCCAAACUUGUCAAGGCUGAGGAUUUCUUCUUUUCUGGCCUCAACACUCCAAGAGACACAAACAACCCAGUUGGAUCUAAUGUAACACAAUUGAAUGUGGACAAGAUUCCUGGGCUCAACACUCUUGGAAUAUCAUUGGCUCGCAUUGAUUAUGCACCUUACGGCCAAAACCCACCUCACAUUCACCCUCGUGGCUCUGAAAUCCUAGUGGUCGUCAAGGGAACUCUCUAUGUGGGUUUUGUGUCAUCCAACCAAGAUGGAAACCGUCUGUUUACAAAAAUUUUGAAAGAAGGAGAUGUGUUUGUAUUCCCAAUAGGUAUGAUUCACUUCCAGUUCAAUCCAGAACACACUCCUGCAGUCGCCUUUGCCGGUCUCAGUAGCCAAAACGCAGGAGUGAUCACCAUUGCAAACACUGUGUUUGGAUCAAAUCCUGCCAUCAACCCUGAUAUCCUGGCUAGAGCCUUCCAAGUGGACAAGAAUGUUAUCAACUAUCUCCAGAAACAAUUCUGGUAUGAUAACAACUAAUUAAUAAUGUGAUAGCAAAGAAUCCAUCAAUAACAGCUAGCCUAUUUUAUUUUAACAUUAAUGUAUUCUUUUUGAAUAAAUAGAAAUGGUUAUGUAGUGAACGUACCGUUUCUCGAUUAAUUCUUUGUAAUCCUAGUUUUGCUGAAUUAUUAAGAAAAAAUUGAUAUGCACUCUCAAUCUUGCUCAACUCCUAAAUAAUUAUCUCUAAGGAAUAAAUCGAACGUUUAGCGUUUUUCCA